AUGCCGCCAGCCAAGCGCCUCAAGACGGCCGUGGAGGGAGAACGGCUCACCAGGGCGCCGACCCGCUCCAGUGCCCGCCUCCGCAACAAAGCCGCCGAGACGCCUUCCUCCAACCAUACCGGCCCCUCCCCACCCAUUCAGCCCACCAAAAAGGCAGCCUCGAGCAAGGCGGCGACCAAGAGCCGCACCAAGACGCCAAAGAAUGGGGUCAAGAAGGAAGACGCCAUCCCCGCGAAACCUUCCAACCUCUGGGUGAACGAGGACUGCCUCCAUGAGAUCUGCUCGUAUCUCGGCCCUGGUGAUCUCAGCAAGGCCCUCACCAUCAACAAUGCAUUCUACAACGCCGCCACCCCCCACCUCUACCGCGUCCUCAAACAGCGCGCCGGCUGCGAUUGCAUUGGGCUGUACGACCGUAACAUCGAGCUCGUUAGUAAAUACACAACUGCGAUCGAGUUCUUCCCCCACUCGCACCGCACACAUCUCCCCCGCCUAGACACCGGCCGCAUCACAACCCACAUUGUCAAUUACGACUGGAACAACAAGAGCACUGACGAGGAUAUCCAUGGCCGUACAGCAGCGUGGGGCACCUACAAAUGUCCGCAAUGCCCCAAGGCCCCAGCGCCACCCAAGCGUCUCAUUCUGCGUCCUGGGUGCACCGUUGCCAACUUUAUCAAGAAGGGCGACAGGAAGUUGAAACGCGUCAUGAUCCCUCUGGGCACCAAGUGUACCGACAAGAUUGUUCACAUCUCUCUCAACAUGGGCAAGUCGGCGUUCUCGACAGGGCGAUAUAGCCCCAAGCCCAAACCCAUCACUCCUACCAAGAAACUUACGUUCGUGAUUCUCCCAGCGUUCUGGGACUGCGGUCCCAUCAUUCUGGAACAACGUCGACCCAUGCUUCUCCGCAGUCUCAGCGACUCGCUCGCCAGCCACGUUACUAAGCUUUAUGACCAUAGCAUUCACAUCGUCGGUCUCGAGGUCCGCGAUCCCUUCGCUCCUGAGUGGGAGUGGUAUUUGCACGAGGUCCGCCAGGCGGUCUCCAGAACGCAGUUCAUGAACGAGCUCGAGAGGCAAUUUGACUGUUGGCCGAUUAGUACCGCCUGGUCCGCCGAGGACAAGAACCGCGUUCGCAACAAGGUCACGUUCCAGACCUUGCGCGACUACCUCGAACACGGCGACUGGGGCGAGGAACUUAGCCAGGAGCUCGUCGGGCGUUGGCUCAACGCCCUCGAUGCGCGCGAGAGCGGCCGCAUGAUCACGCCUGCGCUUCCCGGCGCCAAGAGGGGUAAGGCGGCCCCGAAGAAGGCGGCCAACAAACGCAAGAGAAGGAAGCGCAAGUACGAAUCCGACACCGAGUCUGAGGCGGAAUUAAGUUCGGAAGAGGAAAUUGAGGACUUCAAGCACCGCAACGAGGACAAGGCCACCAAUGUGGGGGCCAUCAAGGUGGAGUUUGAGGAGGAGGAGGAGUUUGAGGAGGAGGAGGAAGAGGAGGAGGAGGACUAUUAG